AAAAAUCGCAAAAAAACGACCUUUUCACUCUUCUACUACCCUCAAGUAUGUUUCCGAGGGUGUUGGCAAUUUUUUAGGAGAUAGAGGAAGUCCUCAAAAACGAUAAAUGCGACACCACACGAGCAAACCGGAAGUGAUGAGACGUGGAUGAACGAUCGAAUAACUUAGGCCUCAGACGGUCUAUGCUAUUAGUGAAGAAAACAUCGACGAAUAAUUCCAGAAAAAAUGGAGAUCGAAAUUCUUGGGGCGAGAAACUCGAACCCCAUAACAACCGUCAGAGUGACCGAGAGCACAACAAUAGGUGAAAUAAAAAAAGAAUUGAAUAAACAAAAGAAAGCACCUUACGUCGAACGCCAGAGUCUCCGGGCCGAGGCAAAGGGCAAGUCAUUGUCAGACUCAGAGACAGUCAAGUCAUUGGGUCUCCGGAAUUCCUCAAAACUUUAUUACAAAGAUCUCGGCCCCCAGAUUGGCUGGAAAACAGUUUUCCUGGCUGAAUACGCUGGCCCCCUGUUCGUUUAUCUAUGGGUUUACACCAGGCCCUGGAUAUUCUACGGAGAAACGAGCCAAGAAGCUGGGCCUGUCGUCCACUAUGCCGCAGCCUGUUGGACCAUCCACUACGCAAAAAGAAUUCUGGAGACACUGUUUGUCCAUCGUUUCAGUCACGCAACAAUGCCCCUUCGAAACUUGUUCAAAAAUUGCUCGUACUACUGGCUUUUCACGAUGUACGUCGCAUAUCAUGUAAAUCAUCCACUGUACAGUGAGCCCAGCGGUGCUGCCUCGGCCAUUGGUCUCGUUAUGUUCGUAAUUUGCGAGUUAGGUAAUCUGAGUAUACACUUGGCCCUGAGGGAUCUGAGGCCACCAGGCACAACAGUCAGAAGAAUUCCCCAGGCCACUGAUAAUCCACUCACAUCUCUCUUCAACUCUGUCUCAUGUCCCAAUUACACUUACGAAGUUGGAAGUUGGAUUGGAUUCACAAUAAUGACGAAAUGUCUUCCAGCUGCACUGUUUACACUGGCCGGUGCUUAUCAAAUGAGCAUCUGGGCACUGGGAAAGCAUCGAGCCUACAAGAGGGAAUUUCCGAAUUAUCCCAAGGAUCGCAAAGCCAUCAUUCCUGGUUUACUUUAAAUCAUUGAUCUCUCUAUCUCUCUUGAACUUAAACGGGUUUAUUUCAAUUAUUUUAAACUGUUCUUUUAUUUAAGGUUGGUACUAUUUAAUGACAGUUAUUUAUGCUCAAUUGGUUAUCUUUUUCAUCGUCUCAAUAAAUAACAUUUUAUAGAAUA